GCUGCACACAGCACCAGGAUGCUGUUGCAGCUCUGAGAACAAGGGCUGCACGGGAAGAUUUGUCAUUGUCGACACGGAUGGAGAAGAAAGAGGAAUGCAGACGAUGGGAAUGUUAAAUUAUGAUCACCUAAGAGGGGACGAUAUGUAAUAAGGGACUUGGGUGGCGUGGAGAUGUACGCCUUCUACUCCCUCUUAGUCUACAUCUUCUACACUGUCUUUAAGAAGGAGGAGGACGAUGACUCCUUGGAGGGGGCGUGUGGAGCUUCCUCAGACGAGCCAGGACCUGUUUCCAUGGAAACAGGCAGAAAGAGGAGAGAUGGCCACACCCCCAAAAUAAGGAAAAAAGCUUGUGCUCGCUUUAGUGAAUCAAGCAGCAGCAGUGACAGUGAUGAACUGUCCCCAAAUGAAGAAGAUGAAGAAGUUGGCCCUGACCUCCCAGCAUGCACUCCUCUGGCUGCCUUUUUGUCCUUCAAGCAGGAGGCUGAGAAGAGACGGGUCUCACAGGUUCAGCUGGAAACGACAGGAAAGUUGGCGGAGUCUCCUCUGGUGGCGGUGAUGUCCCACUUGCUGACUUUUCUGGAGCAGUACUCCCACUUCCAGCAGCUGCAGCAGCAGGCCGACCAGUACCGCGUUCAGCUGAAGAGACACCGCGUCCAGCACCGCCGGCAGAUGAAGGCCCUGCGAGCCUCCUACCGCCAGCGCCUCAGGGACAAGAGCAGCAUCAUCAGCAGCCUGGAGGACGCCAUCAGCCAGCAGCAGUCCCCCAGCCCACUGAGCGAGGGUGAGUCGAGCACAGAUGCAGGGACACAGGCCGGGGUUCACCGGCUGGUGGAGUCUCUGUACGGCCUGCAGGGUGAGAGGAGUCAGCUGAGAGGUGAACUCCGUCAGCUGCACUCACAGCUGGAGCAGAAGGAGCGGGACCGACACUCUCGCGUCCAGGCCUUUCAGCAGCAGAUAGAUGAGCUGAAGAGUUGCAUAGAGGAGCGUGAGGAGGAGAUGUCAAGACUGAGAACAGCUACCGGGGCCACAGACUCAGAGAAGCGAGUGCUGUGUCUGUCGGCUGAGAACGAGAGCCUGAAACAAAACCUGAGCGUCACCCAAGGCCUCCUGCAGCAGCUGUCGGCCAUCCCGUCCCAGUCCAGCACCAUGCUCGUCAAGGAGAACGAGAACCUCCGCAGCCGAGUGCAGCAGCUGGAGAUCUCCCUGCAACAGCGCGCCGAGCAGCUGUCCCACCUGGAGCGAAAGAGCGAGCAGAGCGAGUGGACGAGAGGAGAGGAGCUGAGGAAACGAGAGGACAGAGUGAGGGAGCUGCAGCUGGAGUUGGACAGAGAGAGAGGCAAGGAGCCAGCGGUGAAGUAUGUCACCCAGACGGUGGAGGUGGAAUCUCCUGCCACACUGAAGCAGCUGAGUAAAGCCAGGCAGAGGAACGAGCUGCUGUCGGAGAAGCUGUCGAGUCAGAAUGAGCGGUGCAAACAGCUGGAGGAGCACAUCAGGAAAUCUGACGAAUACAGCUGUAAUCUUCAGCACAAGAUUGCGGCGUAUGAGCGUGAAAUCAGUAAACUGAGAGAAGAGCUGCUGAAGGAGAUCGGCCACUUGGAGGAGAAAAAGGAGGAAGCUGUGAAGGCUGCGGCCCACUGCUCAGCAGAACACUUUCAGAACCUGCAGGACCAAUUCUUCAGCUUGCAGAAGCGUCUGACCUCCCUCACGCCGACUUUACGCUCCAUGAAGACAGACUACACCAGUCUGAGGAGCCAAGUUCGUAACUUCUCAGAUUUUUAUGGAUCAGCCAUAAAUGAUGCAAAAAAACAGAUUUCGGCAGCUCUCCAUGAGAUGUCCGAAGCCAACCAAGACCUCCUGGAGAAGUACAGAAAGGAAGUGGCGCUGCGCAGGAAGUACCACGAGCAGCUGGUGGAGCUUAAAGGCAACAUCCGCGUGCUGUGCCGAGUGAAGCCUGUGCUGAAGGAGGACCAGCACGAGGAGGGCCAGUCCGCGGUGGUGACCACAGACCCUCACAACGAGUCCUCCCUCACCGUGCUGAACAAAGGGAAGGGUCGCAUCUUUGAACUGGACAAGGUCUUCAACCCGCAGGCCACACAGGAAGAGGUCUUUCAGGAAAUCGAACCUCUGGUAACGUCCUGCAUCGAUGGAUACCAAGUUUGUAUAUUUGCGUACGGACAGACCGGCUCUGGAAAGACCCACACUAUGGAGGGCAGUGUGGAGAACCCAGGCAUCAACCAGCGAGCCCUGAAACAUCUCUUCAGUGAGAUCGAGGAGCGGAAGGACAUGUGGUCUUACGACGUCACUGUCAGCUCUGUGGAGAUCUACAACGAGGUGCUAAGAGACCUGCUGAGUAAGGAUGGAGAGAAACUGGACAUUAAGAUCAACCCGGACGGAACAGGACAGCUGCAUGUGCCGGGCCUCAGGGUCAAAGAAGUGAAGAGCAUUCAGCACAUUAAGAAGAUUUUAGCCACAGCCAGGAGGAACAGGAUCACCUUUGGCACGCAGAUGAACCAGCACAGCUCACGCUCCCAUGCUUUGCUCUGUAUCACGGUUCAGGGCACUGACCUCGCCACGGGGUCCAAAAGCACCGGUAAGUUGAACCUGGUGGACCUGGCUGGCUCGGAGAGGGUGUGGAAGUCUGGUGCGGAGGGAGACAGGCUGAAGGAGGCUCAGAACAUCAACCGCUCUCUGCUGUCGCUGGGGGAUGUAAUUCAGGCUCUGAGGGCUCGGCAGACUCACAUCCCCUUCAGGAACUCCCGCCUUACGUAUUUAUUACAAGACUCCCUGGGUAAAGGCAGCAAGACAGUCAUGGUGGUGCAGGUGUCCGCUCUGGAGAGUAAUGUGGGAGAGACCCUGUGCUCACUGAAGUUUGCCCAGAAGGUCUGCAAGGUGGAGCUGGGCCCUGCAGCCAGGAAGAUUGAGUCUAGUGGAGGUCACUGUGACUGACAGUCGAGAAAAACCAGGGAGCCACGAACGCAUCAAUCAGAUUAUCCCCCUUCCUUCGGAUGAUUCAUAAAGCUACAGUUUCUACAAGAUCAACAGCAACGCUGCUCAAGGGCUAAAUCUGUGGGAGGUCU